ACAAGGAAUUCAACUUUGGUUGUGGAUUAAGAAGUUAGCUUCUCCUGACUAAUAAAAUAAAGUAAUGGGAACACGCUUGCCAUGCUCUUACUAGUAAUGUGAGGCAUGGCUGGCAGUUACACGUGACACCCGCAGCUGGAGUGGAUAGUGAAUCAGUCAGUAUUGCCCUGAGUAAGGUGACAGACGUCGACUGCAAGUGACAAAACGUGACGGACAUACAAUGGUAAACAGUACUGUAGUCAAAUUCAAAUAAACAUAACAAAGCAAAAAACAUCUUUUUAUAUGCCCUAGGAAAGGCAAUAGGGUUGAGUUAGUAAAUAAUCUCUACACGAUGUUUCUGUCUUCAGAUAGAAAUGUCUAAGAGACUGGGGAUACAUCUGAUUCUUGUGCUGAUGAUCCCGAAGGAAAGUGGACCAGCCUCACCAUGUAGCUGGCCUCUUUGUGGCAUAUCAUCCUGUGUCUGUCGUUACAAAGACCUCAGGACAGUUCCUCAUCUUCCCACAAGCAUCAUGGAACUUUUCUUAGAUUAUAACGCUAUUGUGUUCUUGAAUCAGUCUGACUUCUCCAGGUACACAAACAUAAGAAAGAUUUACUUACGUAGAAAUAAUAUAACCGACAUUAGAGUUGGUACAUUUUCAAAUCUACCAAAUCUUCAGUAUCUAGAACUGGCCUCUAAUCGGAUAAAUGAAAUUCAGCCUGGGUCAUUUUCUAAUCUGCCCGAACUUUGGUGGCUAACACUGGCCUCGAAUCAGAUAAAUGAAAUUCAGUCUGGGACAUUUUCUAAUCUACCAAGGCUUAAUUCGUUGGACCUGUCCUCUAACCAGAUAACUUGCAUUCAACCUGGCUCAUUUUCUAACCUACCGACUCUUCGACAGUUGGACCUGACCUCCAAUCAGAUAACUUGUGUUCAGCCGGUACCCAGGGUACUCGGGCUAUUCCGGCUUAACGCCUUACGCCUGUCCUCCAACCAGAUAGCUGAGAUUCAGCCUGGGUCAUUUUCAAAUCUACCACGGCUUAGCUGGGUGUACCUAUCCUCCAACAAGAUAACUACCAUUCACGCUAAGUCAUUUUCUAAUCUAUCACUACUUAGAGAAUUGGACCUGUCCUCUAACAAGAUAACUUACAUUCAAUCUGGGACAUUUUCUAACCUACCGAUUCUUCAACAGUUGGACCUGUCCUCUAACCAGAUAACUUGCAUUGAACCUGGGUCAUUUUGUAAUCUACCAUGGAUUGAAACGUUGGAUCUGUCCUCCAACCGGAUAACUAACAUUCCCCCAGGUGUAUUUAUAAAUCUAACCCAGCUCCAGGAUUUAGACAUGGGUUCCAAUCACAUAAGUAAUAUUCAGACAAGCAUGUUUUCAAACCUACCAAAACUCAACAAACUGUUGCUGAACAAAAAUCAAAUUAAACUAUUGUCAGAAUAUAAUGACAUGAUGUUUAUAGCAACUUUGAACCUAACGGACAACCCGUGGCAAUGUGACUGUAGGAUGGUUCCCUUCAGGCAAGAGAUGACUAGGUCAAUUCAUGACAACCAAAUCGAAUGUAAGGAGCCCAGUGGGUUUUGGGGGCAAAAGCUUAAAGAUAUAAACCCUGAAGAUCUGAUCUGUGAAGAAGCUACAAUCGAAAGGUUUGAAGUGGUAGGUGGAAACAGUACAUUGUUAAAAGGGGAGACACUCGUUCUGGUGUGUGAAGCUUCAGGGAUCCCCACACCAGACAUCACAGUCGCCCUCCCAUCUGGACAGAAUGCUACUGUUGAGUCAGGUGGGAGGGUGACUGUGGAUGUGAAUGGUACCAUCAUCAUAACCAAUGUUACUGCAGCAGAUUCUGGUCUGUACAUCUGUACUGCAGCAAGUCCUGUUGGCUCCACGUCAGCUACGCUGGCUGUUGACGUUCAAAUGCUAACAUCAGCACACAAUACAAUAUCCGUUAUACGUGAAUUAUCAGCUACUCUGGCUUCUGACCUUCAAGUGCUAACAUCAGCACACACCUUAAUAUCCGUUACACUUGACACGUCAGAGAGAAAUGAUGACCGGACCCUAUUUCCUGUAUAUGUUUUCAUUGGUGUUGCUUCGGUGAUGAUAUGCUGUGCUGCCAUUGCAAUUUUCUACAGGCAACGUACCAAAACGCCUCCUCAGUUACCAAUAAGAUCUGAGCAAGACACAAAUGUGUAUGAAAAUGACGGUGAAGUUUCGACAGCUGAUUCUGCACUUGGGUUACACACAAACGUGCAUAAAAAUGACGAUGAAACUGUGACAGAUGACUGUGUUUCUGUGUCUCACACAAACGUGUAUGAAAAUGACAAUGAAGUAGUAAAAGCUGACUUUGUAUCUGGACCAGACACAAGCGUGUAUGAAAAUGACGAUGACAUUUUGGCGGCUGAUUCCAUAUCUGGGCCUGACACAAACGUGUAUGAAAAUGACGAUGAAACCGUGACAGCUGACUUUCUUUCUGUGUCUCAUACAAACGUGUAUGAAAAUGACAACGAUGUAGUACAAGAUGACUUUGUAUCUGGACCAGACACAAACGUGUAUGAAAAUGACGAUGAAAUUUUGGCACCUAAUUCCAUAGCUGGGCUUCACACAAACGUGUAUGCAAAUGACAAUGAAGUUUCGGCGGCUAAUUCCAUAUCUGGGCCCAUAUCUACAAAUGUCUAUGAAAAUGUCAAUGAAGCAGUUACAGCUGAUUCCGUGUCUAAGCCUGACAUACAUUUGUAUGAAAAUAAUGCUUCUAAAUCCAUCUAUGACACUGCAAAUAAGAGAGAAGCAUCUGCUGCUUUUCAGUUAUUGUAUAAGAAUGAGAAAGCUGAACAAGGCACUUCUCAUUUAAUCUAUGGGAAGGACAAAGGUGAUGUAGCUGCAUGUACUAAGCUCUAUAACUCCUCAGAGGUGGGUAUAAAACAGGAAGAUCCAUUAAGAACAUAUACUGAGACGUAACUUGAAAUUUCAUCAAAUGUCGGGAAAAGCUGUUCUAGGUCAGAGUUGGUCUGUAAUUUUGAACAGGAAAAGGUUUUACUGAUGACCAAAACCAGUGAUUGUGAAGUGCAGCGUGCAUCACAUAAAUUGCACCAAAACGGUAGGAACUAGGGUUGCGUACCGGUACGGAAAAUUCAGAUCCGGUUCAAGUCCAGAGGAUCAGAUCCGGGUCCAGACCUGAACCUGGACCUGUUUCAGUAUGUGAAAACUUGUGAAUGCACAAUACUCAGAACAAUGGACCAUUCCGCUACAAAGAAAUCUGUUUGGUGGAGUAUGUGAGUCCCACUGGCGUUUUAAUUGACUAAAACUUGGUAGAGAUUACAAUAAACUGUGCUUUACUUCGCUAUUGUUAUUUUCUUCAAUCUGUAAUCCCCAGACAUGUGAAUUUCUGCAGAUUAACCUCUUCAUUUUGUGUAACAUCCAGUCCACCAUCCGGUCCACCGAAUGUUUACAGGUCCGUUUUUUCCGGACCGGUCCAAUAAGAAAAACCGGUUUUGUGUACAG